AUGUGGCACUUGAAUGUGGCAUUAUUUUUAUUGUGCGGCGUCGGCUUGAUUGAGGCACGCAGCUACAGCAAUGGAUUGAUCUUCUAUGACCUUGCCACACAUACACCUUACUUGCCACCAACGGUGAGCGUGUCCCGUGGCCGCAACUUGGCCAGCGUCAAAUACUCUGAAAAGGGUUCGAUUUGGUCCACGUUCGGACAACCUUGCGUCUGCCGCGGCGUGGCAUGCGGCUGCUGUGCCGGCCUCAAGGUCGAUCAGUACAAGUUCGAUCAGAAGGUUUGUGCGAACAUCACAUUUGUGCCACAGCUGGAGGAGGCACAACUCGAGAUGUAUUUAAACGAGCGACCAUCGUCCAAGUUUGGCAUCUCGCUGCGCAACCCGACGCCCUUCUGCAUACCCGUGAUGAUGGGCGUGCCGAUGGCGAUGUGCGUUCAGCUCACCGACAUCCAAAUGGUGGAGAACAAUCUGAACAUGUGCAUGGACUUUGUGGUCCGGCUGGCGACAACGGAUCUUUUCGAGAUGCAUUUCCAGUGCAUGCGCAUGGGACUGAGCGGGGUUCAGUAUGUGGAUAAGAAUGGCAAGCCAGUGUUGCCCAUUGGAGAGCAGCAGGCGGAGGAUGAGGAAGAGGUGCAGGAGGAAGAGGAGGAGCUGCUGGAUCAAGAUGAACACACUGAUUAUGAUUAUACGGAUCAACAGCAAGAUGCGGAGUUGACAAUGGAGCAAGCUGAGCAACAGAAGAAGAAGCAAGGAGAGCAGCAGGAGCAGCAUCAACAGGAGGAGAAAACAGAGGAACAACAGCAACAGCAGCAAUCGGAGUUGGAGCAGCAAUUUGAACCGGAGCCGUUGCCCAUUGAAAGUGAAAUGUUGAUGGCAGGUGAAGAAGAUGAAGCGGCAACAGAAGACUACGAAGAAGAGGAGGCAACCGAAGCAGAAGAGCUGCAAAUGCAACAGCAGCAACAUCAACAACAACAAGAAUAUCAACAACAGUCCCUGCAGCAACCUCAGCAACAGCAACAGCAAGAGCAACAACAUCAAUCCCAGCAGCAAGCACAACAGCAACAGCAACCAGCAAUGCUCAGUCUUGGUCAGCUUUAUGGCGAUGAGAGCGAGCCAGAGUUCAACGAAAUGAGUGAAACAAUUGCCAAUGAACAAACAGCAGCAGCAACAGCAGCAACGACAGCAACAACCAAAAAACCCACAGAGCAAAAGGAGGCAACAGAGCAACAGCAACUGCAGGAGACAGAAGAGCAGGCGGAGGCGGUGGCAGAUGACGAAGAGGAGGAGGAGGAGAAUGAAAAGGAGGAGGAGCAGUCAAAGACUGAACAGCCAGAGGCGUCGCGUGAAGAGGAAGCAGCAGCAACAACAACAGCUGAAAUAGAAAACGACAUUGACAAUGAGGUGAAUGUGGAUGAUGACGACAAAGUUGAAGCUGCAGCAGAGGAAGCAGCAGCAGCGGCAGCCGAAGACAUUGACAUUAAAACGGAGGCAACUGCUGAACAAGAAGAAGAGGAGGAGCAGGAGGAGGAGGAGGAUGGCGAGGGAACGCAGACGGAGGCAGCAGCAGCAACAACCGAAGAAGAUAACGAUGAUAAUGAUAAUGACAAUGAUGAUGAUGAUGAUGCAGCAGAAGAUAAUAAAGACGAUGACCAGGAGGCGGCAAUUGCCAAUAGCAAUGAAAGUGCUUCGAGGCCCAACAACAGCAGCAGC